GAAGCCCCUAAAAUCAAUGCGAAGUUGAGCAGUAAUUCCUGUUAACUUUUAAGUUCUUGACAAAUGCUUUUAUUAGUUUAAUAAAAUAUGUAACAAUGAAAUAUGAUGAAACAAGUUUAGUAAAAGUUUUGCAGUGGGUAUUUAGUUAUGAUAACUUUCUAAAUACCGUUCAAAAAGAUGCUACUGUUGCUAUUGUUGAAGGUGGACAAUCUGUAUGCAUAUCUAUGCCUCCUGGCUUAGGUAGAUCUCUUUGUUUUCAAUUACCAGCCAUUGUACAAGGCAAAGUUGCUAUUAUUCAUUCACCAAAAUUAUCUUUCAUGAAGAAAGAAGUAGAAUUUUUAAGAAGUAAGCAGAUCAAUGCGUGUUUGUUACAUCAAACUUUACACCCAAGUAAAAGACAAAGUAUUUUAAAGAAUUUAAUAUCAGGUUCCCCUACUAUAUCAUUAUUGUAUGUUACUCCAGAUAUAGCUCUACUAGCAUAUUUUCAGAAGCUUGUAUUUGAAUUAAAAAGACAAAAGAAAUUAUCUUACAUUGUGUUUAAUGAAGCACAUUAUUUAAGUAAAUUUGGAUACGAAUAUACUUCUAAUUAUACAAGAAUAAAUGCAGUUCGUAAAAUAUAUGAUGGCAUUCCAAAAGUUGUAGUAACUACAACAGUUACCAAUGAGGUAAUCAAAGACAUUUGUGAACAAUUGACGCUAAGAAACCCAAAGAUAUUUUUAUUAGCAGCUCAAAAAAUCAAUGUAGUCUAUGAUAUAUGGUUUUUAGAUAUUCUUCCUGAUCCAUUUGAGCAUCUUAAAAACUUUAUCGUGGAAUCACUAGGGUUUUUAGGAACAAGUAUUCAGAAGGUUCUGCAAAAAGGUUGUGCCAUUAUCUAUUGUAGGGAGGUAGCAACUGCAGAAUUAUUAAAGAAUAAGUUAAAUGCUUCUGGCAUAUCCACGCUUGCGUACCACCAUAAGUUGACUCGUGGCAAGCAGCGUAAUAUCGAGAAUAAGUGGAUAUCCGGUGAUGCUUAUGUUAUUACUACAACCUACAGUUAUGGAUUCAUUUAUAAGAAAUCAAUUAGAUGCACAGUGUAUUGGACAGUACCUGAAAAUAUUUCCAAGUAUUAUAGAGAAUCAAUGCAAAGCCGUUCGGAUAAUAAUUUGUCGCAUUGCAGAAUAUAUUUUAGCGUGAAGGAAUAUUUAUCGGUGAAAAUGGCUAUCGAAAAUCACGAUGUAAUGAACGAUCCAGAGCAUAUAAAACAAAGAUUAAAAGAAUACGAAAAAUUAAUAUCCUAUUGCCUUUUAGUAAAAUGCCGUCACGUGGUUAUUAGUCAAUAUUUUGGGCGUGUAAUACCCCCUUGCAAAAGAAAUUGUGAUGUCUGUAAGGAUGAAGAGAUAGUAGAAGUAAGAACCGCUAAAUUUCUCGUAUUUUCUGAAGGUAGGGAGGGAAUAAAAUACAACAGUUAUGAGACAAGUGAAGACUUGCCAAUUAAAGAAACUAACUGUGAGGAAUUAAAAAUAAAAGACAAUAAUAAACAGAUCGUGCAAUAUAACGAUAAAACUAGUCAGGAAGGCACAGUACACACGUGUACAUGCACGUCGCAUUCUUUAGUGGAUAAUAAUAACGUAAGGAAAGAUGCGACGUCACCAGAACUAGGUUCCUCUCCACGCAAGAUCAUAAAACAAUCAGUAAAACGAAAAAAUUCUAUCAAAAGUCCUAACAGAAAAAGAAUUAAGGUUUUGAAAAUUACUAAAAUAAAAGUAGGCGAAAGAAGCGAUCUCAUUCCAAGGAGAGACUCCCCUGAAACCGUUGUUGCUGACACCAAAUACCAACAGAAAUUAAAUUCUGAUAAUAAACCAAGCAUUGAAAUCGAAAAAGUUACGGAUAAAAAGGCUGUUAUGAAACAGUCUGUGAAACCCGUUAAGAAUAAUUCAAACGCGAGCGAGUCGCGUGACAAUGUAAUGAUAGAAUAUUUAAUGGAUAAGUAUAAUUUAGACAGACAAUCAAUAACAUUAGAAAUAAAAAAAAAGUGAAGUUAACUAAUAAUAAUA